CGACAGUUGCCAGCGCACGUUGCUAACGUGCACGGUGCACCUUGAUUCAUUUUCCUCACUUGUUCUUCUCCAACCUCUGCACACUCCGUUCCUUUCUCUUAACGCAAUCACCAUAACCCUCCUCAUGAUCUAUUCUCGAUUCCUCGCGAUUCCCGUUCAUUUCCCUCAUCUCGUUUGAUUUCCCCAAUUUCCUCACCGUAGGGUUUCGUUUCGAUGACUCUCUUCUGUUCAAUCGGAACCACCAUCCAAUGAGACGGCGCCCCGUGGCGGGCGUUCUCCCCGACCAAAUGGAGAAAUCAAACACCAAAAACCCUCAUUCCAGACUCUGCUUUCUCGCCUCCCUCUCCGCAUUCUUCUGGUUCCUCCUCCUCUACUUCCACUUCGCCGUCCUCCGCCACCAACCCACCGCCCCUGACCCAGCAGUCCCCAUCACUUUCCAAUCCCAACAACAACACCAACAACCUCGUAAAAACCUCGGCUUCCCUGAGCGAGUUUCCGAACCGAAGGAACCCACUUUCCCCUUCGACCGUGCCCUCCGAACCGCCGACAACAAGAGCGACUCAUGCGGAGGACGCUACAUCUUCGUCCACGACCUUCCCUCGCGCUUCAACGAGGACAUGUUGAAGCAUUGCAGAAGCUUAUCCCUUUGGACCAACAUGUGCAAGUUCACUACCAACGCCGGCCUCGGUCCUCCGUUGGAAAACGUCAACGGCGUCUUCUCCGACACCGGCUGGUACGCCACCAACCAGUUUGCCGUUGACGUCAUCUUCAGCAACAGAAUGAAACAAUACCAAUGCCUCACUCGCGAUCCCUCCGUCGCCGCCGCGUUCUUCGUUCCCUUCUACGCCGGUUUCGACAUCGCUCGCUACCUUUGGGGAUACAACAUCUCAAUGCGCGACGCUGCAUCGCUUGACCUCGUGAAUUGGCUCAUGAAUAGACCGGAGUGGAAGAUCAUGAACGGGAGAGACCAUUUUCUCGUUGCCGGUAGGAUCACUUGGGAUUUUCGGAGACUCACUGAAGAAGAAUCGGAUUGGGGGAACAAGCUUUUGUUUUUACCUGCUGCGAAGAACAUGUCGAUGCUUGUGGUGGAGUCGAGUCCGUGGAACGCGAACGAUUUCGGGAUUCCGUAUCCGACUUAUUUUCAUCCUGCCAAGGAUGAUGAUGUGUUUAUCUGGCAGGAGAGGAUGAGGAGGUUGGAGAGGAAGUGGCUGUUUUCGUUUGCUGGAGCUCCGCGACCGGAUAACCUGAAAUCGAUAAGGGGCCAGAUUAUUGAGCAGUGUAGGAGAUCCAAGGUUGGGAAGUUGUUGGAGUGUGAUUUUGGGGAGAGUAAGUGUCAUUCCCCUAGUAGUAUAAUGCAGAUGUUUCAAGGGUCGCUUUUCUGCCUUCAGCCUCAAGGGGAUUCGUAUACUAGACGAUCUGCUUUUGAUUCAAUGCUGGCUGGGUGUAUACCUGUGUUCUUCCAUCCGGGUUCCGCGUACACUCAGUAUACUUGGCAUCUUCCGAAGAAUUAUACCAAGUACUCGGUAUUCAUUCAGGAGGAUGAUAUUAGGAAGAGGAAUGUUAGUAUAGAAGAGAGGCUUAGGCAGAUUCCUGAGGAGGAAGUUAGGAUCAUGAGGGAGGAGGUCAUUAGUUUGAUCCCUAGGUUGGUGUACGCGGAUCCUCGAUCGAAAUUGGAAACUCUUAAGGAUGCUUUUGAUGUUUCGGUGCAGGCUGUGAUUGACAAGGUUACCAACUUGAGGAAGGACAUUAUCGAAGGUCACACAGACGAGAACUUCAUUGAGGAGAACAGUUGGAAGUAUGCAUUGUUGGAUGAGGGACAACGUGAGGUUGGGCCUCACGAAUGGGAUCCUUUCUUCUCCAAACCAAAGCCGGGUGGGGAUUCCGAUGAUUUGUCGGCUGAGGCUGCGAAGAAUUCUUGGAAAAAUGAGCAAAGAAAUCAGUCGUGAUUAGCAAAGGGGAGGUAUAAAUUGCAUCUGUAGGUUCUUCUUAGAUGUGGUUUAAUGCUGAUGACUCAAAUGGUUUCCCUGAAUUAGGGAAGAAUUACAGCUAUAAAAUAAUUGCUCGGCUCUUGCUAUAUGAAAACUUACUGCAAUGCUUGUGAUCGGGUUUGCUGAGCAGGCUUCCUCAUUGAAAACCCCUAGCAUGGAGAGAUGUUCUCUGCUUUUUACAGUUUUGUUAUAUAGAUUUUUUUUCCACCUUAUGUAUUUGCAUUAGUGUUUCCUAGAUGUAUUUUCCUAAAUUAAUAAUUUCUUUGAUACUAUAUAUUUUUCACUUGAUUCAUAUAGGAAAUAUAAACAAAAUUAUGGUUAGCAGUGAGCUCAAGUGUUCGCUUGAAUGGCAAUAUCAUUUGGCUGCUGCAUCAUCAGAACUGCCUACCAGUGUUGGUGAUCUUAUUUGGAUUGUGGUUAACAUUCAAAAGAUAGACUGUUCUAUUUUGAUGAUCUUGAAAAUAAAUUUCUUUGACUUGCUCUA